AUGCGUUACACGACACUCUUAAACUUAUUAACAGUCGCCAAAGCAGGCGGAUGCGAUCAAAACCCCUGUCUAAACAAUGGACAGUGCUAUGAUAUAGGGGAGAACGAAUAUGAAUGCAUCUGCGAUUCGUUUGCUGGAAAGAACUGCCAAAUACCGCCGCCAUCUGUUACAUGUGACGCCUCGAGAAUUUCCGUGGAAAUCGACAGAGCCUGGCUUCUAAACAAAGUCGGCUCUGACAAUCAUCGUCAUAUUUACAUGGGCACUGGUCAGCAGUCAAACGAAGGUUGCAAGGCACAAAUUUCAGAAGAUGACAACUCAAAACUCACAGUGGCAUUGAACAACAAUUUCCGACAGUGUGGCACGCAAAUUAAACGGGCUGACAACGGCGACUACAUUUACAGUAACACAGUAUAUAUGUCACUACAGAACGCUGGAGUCCAAACCGGACUGGCAGCGAUCGUACAGUGGAACUGCGAAUACGAGGACGAAUACACAGUCACUUACAACGGGGGCAUGACCGCUGUGAGAGACGACAGUGCGAAAGCACGCGCCGUCAUCGGCACAUUCGACCUGAACCUUCGCGCGUACUCGAAAUCGGUUUUCACGACUGAUAACAUGAUGACUGCGUUUGUCGCACCUGGAAGUAACAAAGUCUUCCACGUCAUCCCGGACCAGAAGAAAUGGCUUUCCUUCCAAACAUCGUUAACCGGCGAAGCACAGCUACGAGGAACACGAGUGAGCUUGAAGAAAUGUUUCAUUUCCUAUUCCCGCUCGCCUUUCUCGCAGACCGCAGAAACUAUUCCUCUCGUGGAGGAGGGGUGUAGUACUGGCGGCACUGCCACUCACAUUUACUCAAAUGGCCAAGGGCCACAAGCAAGCUUCGCCACCAACAUCCAGAAAUUGCGUCAACCAUGGAUGCGAAAAUCACCAUUCUACGUCCAUUGUACGACCCGUUUAUGCCCAGCCGGUGAAAUAUGUCCAGUUGGAUGCUCGCAAGAGCGCUCCGCCCCACAAGGAUCUGUCGAAGGGGACGAGCUCAAAAUCCACGUCACAUCUGGACCCUAUUUCUUCCAAGGCAGUGAUGCUCUCAAAGAGCAGACGCAAAUGACUGCGAACAUGGAAGAAAAGGACGCAGAACAUAGCAGCUUAAGAAUUAUGGGGGACACCUUUGAAGUCAUUGAAGAGGACGAGGAGAUUCUAGUUGACCGCGAAAAAGACCUGCCACUGGUAGGCGCUGUCGCAGUGGUGUCCCUCUUGGCUAUCCUCGUUGUCGUUGGAUUCGUUACGAUUUACCAGCGACGAGCCGCCGCUGCUAAAGGUCAACCUCGAAUGGGACCUGAAAUUAAUUUGCACUUUGCCCACGAAGGAAGUCUCAGAAAAACCAAGGCAAAACACGACUACACAACAAAACACGUAGUUAUCGAAGGCAGAGCACUCCCUUUGCCUGGAACAAGACCGGCCGGUCACAACGUACGUCCUAACUACGUGUAA